UGAGCUAUCUGGGGUAAAAGCCAUUCUUUGUAGCUUUUUCUCUGUCUUUAGCCUCUUUUAAUAGCCAUUUACCAUCAACCUCUGUAUCUGAUCUAACAUCCUUCUGAUGGUAGAUAAAACUCUUAGAAUAGAUCCCUAAGCCUGAUGCAUGUCUAGCCUCCAUGAACCCUAAAGCAGGAUGCUAUAAGGUAACAUCUGAAUUCUCCAGAAGAGAUUUUCCUACAUUUCUGUAGCCCACCUGCCUGAUGUUCCCACCAAUGUAAUUGAUGCCUGGUCACAGCUGCAGGCCCUGCCUCUGGGCCAGGUAGUGUGGAUGGAAGGAAGCAUUUUCUGGGAAACAAUAUGACCAUGCCCCAAAAGGAAAAGAUCUUAAUCCCCCAUCCGCAGCCACUCAACCCACGGCUGGGAUGGGGUAUGACUUUCUGCUUCUCAAAACCGAAGGACAAAGAGGAGAGUGCUUCCAUUUCCGGUGUGCCGCCCGUCUUCCACUUCUGCCCCCAGCACUGUGCAGAGCUCAAGAGCAGGUAUCUGAAAAAGGCCGCUGCAAACCUGUCCUUCUCUGCAGAGGUGAUGUGGCAGCGAGGGCUGCCCAGCAUGCCUUACAGCCAGUACAGCUUUGACCAUCUCUACCGCACCGACGGCAUCGUCCAGCCUCCGCACAUCAGGAAGGGCCAGCCUGGGAAGCCUGUCAGCUUCAGGCUCCUACAUCCCUCAGGAGCCUUGGCAGGAGACACCUCCCAGGCUGGGAAGACAGAAAGCUGUGCCCAUUCUGAAAAGAAGCAAAAGAAACCAAAGCCAGAAUGCCUGGUCCAGGCACCAUCUCACUCUAUCACGCCUUCUCUCAACAAGGACCCAGAUACGCUGGAUCUGCCAGCUUCUCCAGACAUAGAAAGGGAAGUCUGGCUUCCACCUUCUGAGAGAGAGGCCAGAGCCUGGGAGGCCAUUGUGCUGGAAAAGCUGAACAAGCGCACAGCCCGAUGGAUCCAGAACAAGCGUCUUGUGAGGCCUGGAGUGUUGCCCAACAAGUGGCAGAGCUUCUUGCGCCAGCAGUAUGACUGGAGCCACAUCCGGGAUGAGCUCACCUCAGCCAGUGACCUGGAGCUCCUGAAACAGUUGGAAGCAGAAGAGACGGCAGAGUUUGAAGGUCAAAGUAUCAUCCUGCCCCCUGAGGAAGAGAAGAAGCCAGAGCUGCUGCUUCCUGUUUACUACAGAUUGUCCAGUUACUCUCCACAAGUACAGACAGUUGAAAGCCUGCCCAGCAAGAAUGCAACAGCUGAGGAUAUCAAGGAAAAGAGAAAAAUCAUCCAGCCCCCAAAGAAAAGCUACUUCCGACAGGUGACUCCCCGAGCUGGAAAGUUUGCUUACUCCACAGACAACACCUUUGAACAGGAGAUUUACUUUGAUGGAGUCCGGAUCAUCCACCACAUUGGUGCGAAGAGAGACCGUAUUUUCCUGGAAAACCUCAAUCAGUACGACAAGCAUCUAACUAAGGUCUUCCCUGAAACUCCAGAAAAGUGGAGUUUCCAGCCCGUUCCUGAAGCACCUGGUAGGCCUGUGAAAGGAGCCCUGCGCUGGACUGGUCUGCCCACACGAGCCAAGGAUCUGCUGUUGCAGCAAGUGGGUGAGGAGGACCUUCCUGUCAAGACCAGGAAAUCCAAGAAGCACGUGAAGUCACUGAUGGAGGAUGUGACUUGGGAACUGGUGGUCCUGCGGAGGAUGCUUCGGGAGUGGAAGACCGCCUGGGGCCUGAACGCGGUAAUCGAGUGGCACCAUGAGACAGUGGAGAGCCUGAUGCGUGGCUUAGAAGACAUGUGUGACCACAUUCGGAUCCAAGCUAUCAUCACGUGUGCCACAGCUGCUCUGGAAUGCCCCCGGACUGCUGCCAGCUCGUUGGACUCGGACCAAGGGGCUGUGGAAGCCCCGUUAAUCCAGGACUUGCCAGAGGCUCUACAGCCUUCCCUGGAGGCUGCACUUUGUGACAAGAACGUCAACGUGAGGAUGGCAGCAGCGCUAUGCCAAUAUGCCACACAAUCACAUAACCGCCUUGCCCGGGGCAUCAUGGAGACAGCUCUUGUGAAGGGUAACAGUGCGGACAGCUGGGCUGCAGCUCAGUGCUUGGCUGUUGAAGGUAUUGCUACUUACCUGGUGAUUAAGAGGAUCCUCCAUCAGCUGUUUAACAAGAAGAAUAAGGACACUGAGGACCAGUCUUGUAUCCUCCUGCGCCAUCUCAGUGGAAAGACAACCCUGAUACACACCAUGCUUGCUGUGGAGCUGAACAGCUAUCAAUGGAAAGACCGGACUGUGGCCUGCAGGGCCUUCUCCAGGAUCAGUGGAACUGUUUGUUUAGACAUGAAACACAAGUUGAUCCAGCUGAUGUGGGACGACUGGAAUAAGGAAGUGAGGCAAGCAGCUGCCCGCGCACUGGGGCAAAUGAGCCUUGGGAAAGAAGUGCACGACGCAAUUAGGGUUAAGCUGGUUGAAGGAAAUGCCCAGGAGCGUGUGAAAGCGCUCUCCCUAAUAGGUGGGCUUAAGCUUAUGACUGCCAAGCUUUUCCCAGGCUUCCUGAACUGCUUCUCUGAUGAGUUUGUAGCAGUUCGGCAGGCAGCCUGUUUGGCAGCGGGUGCCCUGCAGAUCCGCAACAAGAUGGUGCUUGAAUGCCUCCUGAAUCUGAUGCAGACAGAUCCUUUUUGGAAAAUCAAAGCUUUUGCCAUUCGAGCUUUGGGACAGAUUGGGGAAGUGAAUCCUCAAGUGGUUGAUCUCCUGCUCUGGGCUGUCCACUAUGAAGAAUCACCAGGUGUACGAGUGGAAGCUUGUCGUAGCAUCCUGGCCCUCAAACUUCAAGGAGACAGGGUCAGGGCCACCUUCCUAGAUGUGCUGCUUCUGGAGAACCAUGAAGCUGUCCUCAAGGAAAUUUACCAGGCAAUGAAGAUACUCAACUUAGGAAAUGAAGAAUACGAAGAAAUGGUCCAGGAGGUCAAGAACAGGAUUGAAACACUAAACCAAAAGGACUUACUGACGCAGAAAAUAUUCAAGGUAGAGAGAGUCAUAGCAAAAGUGAAAGAAGAAGCAAAACGUGUUUACUCACAACCCAAAGAGGGGCAAAAACCACUGAAACUCUGUACUUUUCUCCAAGAAACUUUUCAGGAUGAGGUGCUUCUUCCCAGAAGACCGUCACAGGUUUGUGACAUUGAAGAAGUCAUAAAGCCUGUGAAGCCACGCACACCGAAUCCCUGGUUACAAAGUCCAGUCCUAGAUCUAAAGACACAAAACAGACGUCACUUGUCACUUGUCAAAGAUCUACGGACUGCCCGGGAAAAAAGGAUUGCUAUGGGGCCAUUUGAAUCUCACACGUCAGGUCUUUAGCUGAGUAAAUAUUCGGAAGACUUUUUCCAACAUCAAGACUUCUCUCUCUGAAAGCAAAGGUGCUCAUCUCUAGGCUGAAUCCUGCUCUUGCUCCGAGAUGCAGGCACAGCGGACCAGCUUCGUCCUGUCUUCAUUGAUACUGUACAAUCUUGUCACUGUUUAUAAAGAAAAAUUAUUUAACUGCAGGCUUGAUUUCUUAACUGUGUAGUAAUUACACGGAGGGGUAAAGAGGACCGACAUCGCAUUUGGCAACAGAGGAUAUUUUUCAUUUAACACAUGAAAACCAUAAAUUAAAUAUGGAUCAGAGCUCCAAGUUUGUUAGAGUAGAAGUAGAAAUAUUGACUCAACAUUGUUUACAAAGCUGUACAAAGCUGUACAAAUUAUCCUCUGGAACCCAAACUAGAAUCUCAUUUGUCUAAUAAAGAAACAGCUCCGGUGA